GUGACGUAUAAUGGACUGGACGGACGCUUCUUCAGGAACAACAACACGGAUACUAUUUCAACCACCUCGGUAGCUUGCUAGACAAGGUAAAACUGAAAGAUUGACGUUUUAGGCCAUGUUAAUAUACAUUAGCUAAUCGCAGUGUAUAAAACACAUUUGAGUUGACGUUAACUUGAACCUAAUUUGCUUGUUCAAUUUGCAAAUGUGUUAAAGAUUGAUACUGAGCCUAGCACUAGGCUAUUCGCUAAUGCUAACUAGCUAGCUAACAUCCCUGACCAUGAGUUCAUUAAACUACUCAUCCCCUGCUGAAGAAGAGGAUGUCUGCUGUCCGGAGAAAGAAGCUCUGGCGCUGAACAUUGUCGUGAAAGACGAAGAGGAGGAUAUUACAGUGAAAGGAGAGAAAGAUGCUCUGGCUCUGAACAUUGUCGUGAAAGACGAAGAGGAGGAGGAUAUUACAGUGAAAGGAGAGAAAGAACCUUUCAGAAUGAAAAAGGAGGAAGAGGAGGCUGUUAUAGGGAAAGAAGAGAAAGCAUCCUCUUCCUCUCUAAAAGGUUCUAUCUCAGUAAAGGUGAAGGAGGAAGACGUUUUGGGAGUGAAAGAGGAGGAGACAGAAUAUCAGAUUAACACCAGAGAGACACAUGACUAUUGUGGAUCCUCUGGGGAGACUCAACAUCCUGAUGCUGACGAGGCAGAGAAGAGUCUCUCCAUUUCAGAACACCAGAUGGACAACGCUAGCCCUUCCUCUCUCCUGGAGUCCCCGUGUCGUGCCUCUCCCGGUAGCACCUUACUGCUGGGUAUAAAGAGGUUGUCUGUGCUGCUGGUGGACUGCAGGAAAACAACGGGGCUGAGUGGAACUGUGAGAGGAGGAGAAGAGAAGAAAGGAUCAGAUUUGACUCGUCAAAGUAAGUGCUGUAGUUCAGUUUGAACAAAUAAAUAGAUCUGUCCACUGGUAUCUGUUACCAGGACAACCAGCAGAGUUCUGUUAGUUGACAGGAAGAUAGACUGGUGGAUAUGGAUGUUAUGAAUAUCAUAACACUGAAAAAGGAUUCUGCCAAUGAAAAGAGAGAAACCGAUAGACCAUAUAAAACCUUGAUGAAAGUUAGCUUUAGAGGGAAAGUUUCAAGAUGACCUGAUAUAAGGUGCUUGUUUUACAAAAACAUUCCAUAAAACAUUAUGGAUGUUACAUUGCCUGUCCCAGUCAAACCCCCUAUCUUUACAAGACUGUAGAACAGGCAAACUAAACUCAAGACACUGUUAAUUAAUUAACUAAUACUGGAGGAAAACUGUGAUCAGGCUGCCUACUCAAGAGAAAGCUUCGAACUGUAACCAGUGCCUGU